AUGGGUCUCCAUCGAGACGGGCGCGCUCUUGGUCCUGAGCCGUUUGAAACCGAGAUGCGGCGAAGAAUAUGGUGGCAACUUGUGUCUAAAUUUGCGCUUUUCUCUGGCUUUGGGCAUUCCUUGCUUCCGCGAGAUUGGGAUGUUCAAGAGCCAAGCAACUUGAAUGAUGCUGACAUUUUCCCGACAGCAACUCUACCAACUUUGGAUCGCGAUGGCCCAUCAGAAAUGGUGAUUUGCUUGAUCAGAAAUAAGUUGACGAAAUUUCUCGUGGAUACGCCUGGCCUAGAGCCUGUCAAAAUGGCCGCAGAACUCAACAGUCUGGCUGUCCAUCCCCCUCUUUUCGUCAAUUUGAGGGAUCAGCAAAUGAGCUACUAUCUUGCCCAGUUUGAUCUUCUGGAAGAAGGCUUGGAUCAUAAUUUGGAGUAUCGAUGUAAUACACACGCAGGGCAAGCUUAUGUUUUAGCUCAAGCUUUAGAAGCAGGACUUGUUGUGCAGAAAGGCCAGUUGAUGAGGGGGCUUAACAACAGGUCCAGGCCAGACGCUGACAGGGCGUUCGUCAGGAGGAGAGGCAACGGGUUUAUUUGGUUCGCGGAUUCUAACUUUCAAGUUGAUCACCAUAUAGGAGACCGAGCAUGGGAAAACAUCGCAACUAUUUACCAAAUCAGGGCGGGACUUUUGGGGGUCUCCGAAAGAUCUUGUUUAGUUCUCAGGCGGGCUAUGCUGAAGGCUUGGGCGAAAAGACGAGACCUGUCCAGUCGCGCGGGAAAACUGUCAGCUGACACGUGA